GCAGGCGCCCGACCCCCAGGUGGAGCGACAGGUCUCGGGCCCUCAGGCGGAGCGGCGGGCGCCGGACCCCCAGGUGGAGCGACAGGUCUCGGGCCCUCAGGCGGAGCGGCGGGCGCCGGACCCCCAGGCGGAGUGACAGGUCUCGGGCCCUCAGGCGGAGCGGCGGGCGCCGGACCCCCAGGCGGAGCGGCGGGCGCCGAGUCACCAAGCACGACAGUGGGCUCCGAGUCAACUGGCAUGACCGCUGGCACUGGGUCAGACAUUGGAUCGUCUGGCUGGACAGCGGGCAUCGGGUCACCAGGCAUCAGGUCAUUUGGCUCGACCGCGGGCACCGCGUCAUCUGGCAAGGCAGUGGGCUCCGAGUCAACUGGUAUGACCGCGGGCACUGGGUCAGACAUUGGAUCGUUUGACUGGAACAGCGGGCAUUCGGGUCACCAGGCAUCAGGUCAUAUUGGCUCGACAGCGAGCACCGCAUCAUCUGGCAAGGCAGUGGGCUCCCGAGUCAAC